AUGGACGAGCCGGAGCCCGCCUUCCUGGGCGCCCCGAAGGCCGAGGUACUGGAGGACGUGCUGCGGGAGCAGUUCGGGCCGCUGCCGCAGCUGGCCGCCAUCUGCCGCCUCAAGCGGCUGGCGUCGGGCGGCUACUCGUCCACCGAGGACCUCCAGUUGGUGCUGGAGCGGCGGCGCGUGGCCAACGCCAAGGAGCGCGAGCGGAUAAAAAAUCUUAACAGAGGUUUUGCCAAACUGAAGGCACUUGUGCCUUUUCUUCCUCAAAGCAGGAAGCCUAGCAAAGUUGAUAUCCUUAAAGGUGCCACUGAGUACAUUCAAGUUCUCAGUGAGGUUUUGGGAGGAGCCAAAGAUUCUGAGAAACAAGAUCCAGAUCUCCAGAGAUACAGAAAAAACGCUUCUGAGUCACAUACGUCCUUGACUGGAGAGCUCUCAAGAAACAUCGACCAAUCUGCCGGCAGUGUCAUGGGCCUGAAGAAUGAGGAAGGGCCCUGGGCCGACUGUGGCAGUGCUACCCACUGCCCUUCUCACCCCGAUUAA